AUGUAUGGUUUAACUUUCCAGGAUUACGAAGAAGGACACAAAUAUACCAGCGAUAACGAACACAUUACAGCAAACCCAACACCAGACGUUAUACGUGAGCCUGAUAGGACAGUUUCCCCUCUGGAUAACAGUAUUCGUGAACCUUCCAAAACAUCUAAGGACGUGCGUAUUCGGCCCCGAAUUCCUCUCACCAUGGAGGACUUCAAGCUCCGCUCUGUGCUGGGUAGAGGAAGCUUCGGAAAGGUUCUACUGGCUAAGUACAAGAACACAAACAAAAUGUACGCCUUGAAAGUCAUGAGAAAAGCGGACAUAGAAUCAUCACCUAAGCUUGAUAGCCUUCUGUGUGAGAAGCGCGUAUUUCAAGCUGUGACCAACAGGCGCUACCCAUUUCUAAUUAACUUGUUCGGGUGUUUCCACACUCAAGACCACAUCAUUUUUGCGAUGGAAUAUGCUGCUGGGGGCGACCUAAGCACACUCCUUAACAACAAAAGGCGUCCCUUUCCAGAAUCCAGAGCUAUAUUUUUUUCUGCCUGUGUCGUCCUGGGACUUGAGUUCUUACACGAACAGAAGAUCGUCCACCGAGACCUGAAAUUAGAGAAUAUUGUUCUAGACGAAAAAGGGUUCGCAAAGAUCACAGACUUUGGUCUUUGCAAAGAAGGAAUCGGAUACGGAGACACAACCGGGUCCCCUCGUGGAACCCCGCAUUACGUAGCUCCUGAAGUGUGCAAAGGCAAGCCGUACACAAGAGCUGUAGACUGGUGGAGCUUCGGGGUGGUCAUUUAUGUAAUGCUAUCUGGAAAGUUUCCCUUUGAAAGCCAUGAUUUGAAAAAGUUAACUGCGAGUAUCAUCAAAGGAAAAUUCAUAUGUCCAGAAUUUCUAUCAAGAAACUCAACUUCAAUAAUAAAACAGCUUCUCACUAAAAAAGUAAAGGCACGACUAGGAGCCAGCAAGAAAGACGCCCAGGACGUUAAGGAGCACCCUUUUUUCGAACAAAUAGACUGGGCUGCAUUAUUAUUAAAGAAUGUGAGGCCACCAUUUUUGCCCGACAUUCGUGGAGCUGAAGACGUCAGGAACUUUAGUUCUGCGUUCACCUCGGAAUAUCCUAUGUUAACUCCUCCAAAAAAGCGAGCUGAAAUACCGUGCUAUGAGGCAGAGGCAUUUUUGGAUUUUAAUUGGAGGGUUGAUUGGAAUUAAUAACAGACACAGACUUUAAUAAAAUAUACAGGAGGAAAC